AUGGCUGCAUCGCACUACAGCCACAGCGAUGCUGAACAACCGCUCACCAGUUCAGAAACCAAAACGGUCAAAACCAGCCUCAGGAUUCCGCGCCGAAAAGUCACUCUCAUCUGCAUUACCCUCCUUCUUAAUGUGUUGCUCUGGAGUGCCAUCAUAUGUCUUGUCACUUCACUCUACCAGAUAAUAUCGGAUCCGCAGGAUAUAACAAACGUUGCGCCCGUGGUCUUGACGUUAACUUCAGCUCUCACGACAAUCGCAUACACGUUCAUACAUACAGUUUUUUCCCUCAAACAAAAGACAUGGGAGCAGCAACAGCGACACACUUCAGCUGUCAAGAAGACUUCCUACGUUGCCAUUCGCCUAGUGAUUUCGCUAUGCGUCUUGUGGCUGCUGACGACGGGAUGGAACAUGAUAAUUGUCGCCAGAAGACCUGUUUGCUUACAUGAGGCACCCGGACUUGAAGGUUGGGAAUUCGGUUCUACUUGCUUGGGAAGCCGUAUUGGCAUCGCGUUUGCCGCCAUAUCGCUAGUUACGUCAUGUGUGCUUUUUGGAGUCUGUAUCGACACACAGGAGCAGGUCAUUCGAAACGGUCAACCGAAGUAA